AUUUUCGUUUUAUUCAUCAAGACGAUCGGACGGCGCGCGUGCACAUCCAUUAUCUUUCAAAUCGCAGUACCAUAUUUAUCUUUCCCGCACAUUCUGAUGAAUCAAAUUCGAAAAUAAGUUCCAUAAAAAAGACCAUCAACAACAAAUUGUUCGUGAUAAAAAAAAACCGGUAAAAUUAUAAAACUAAUCGUAAUCAACAUUUCUCCUAAUUACUCGUAAUAAUUGAUGAAAUAAUCGAACGCGUGCAGUGAAUGCUCUGUCAUUACUUGUAAUUUUUUCUCGUCUCUCGAUAACAAAAAAUUGAAAAAAAAAAAUGCGGUGCACGCGUUUACAAUCAAAUGGUGAUAUCAAUAGUGUUUUAAACAGUUGGCGUACGUUUUCGUGGAUGUAAAAUAUUGUUAAUUGUUAUCCGUCAAGUAUCGAGUGAAUAAUAAUAAUGAAAACACGUGAUAUGAAUUCCCAAUGACAUAUCCAUCGCGUCAAAUGAGAAAUAAUAACAAAAAUGAGAUAGUGAUUAUCAAUAUGAUUUUGAAUAUUUUUAUGGUUUUAUUGAUGAGUGUUAUAACUUGUGGAUUAACAGUGGAUUAUGUAGAAAAAUACGCUGAAUGUAUGGCGCAAUGUCAACAAACAUCAUGCCGAGAUGAUUGCUUUCAUAAAAAAAUCCCAAAUAAAGAAAUGGAGAUAUCCUCGGAGGCAGCAAAUUUCAACGCAGAAUUGCACUGCAAAGAUGUUGAUCUCCUGACGAUAAAACAUAAUCCUGGGAUUUAUUUUAUUAUGAUGGAAGACGAAUCCAACACGCGAAUAAAUGUCUCGGUGACCGAAGGGGAAUUCCUGAUUUCCAAAAAUCUCCAGCCCGCCACAGCUUAUCGCUAUACAGCCCGGCGAUUUGAUAAUAACUACAUCUCUGCACCAGAAAUUACUGAAUGGUUUACCACAACACGAAUGGGAAUUAUACCAGCCAGACCGGCUGGGGUGUUCGUUGAGAAUAUUUUACAGGAUGACGUGAAUGAUGAUCGCCUGAUGGCUGAAGUUGCUUUUGCACCCGGCGAAGAUCGCAGCUGCUUCUAUGAAGUUCUAUCCCUCAAGGAAGACGAAGGAUUGACCAUUGCGAGCUUUGAUGGGACACUGGGAUUUCAAUUAAAACUUCCGAAUCUCGGGUACCACCGGAACAAUACAGUAAUUAUAUCAGCAAUAAAUAAUGGAAGUUCAAAGAGUAGUGACAAUGUUACAAUGACUUUUCACACUCCCACGUGUCUGGAAAUCCAUGAAAAUAUAACGAGAUGUCCUCCAGAUCAAAUUAUUGGAUUACGAGUGACCGAUGAACGGGGGAACAACUCCGAUUUCGAUUUUUCAGUUUCAUGGAAUAAACCGAAAUUUACACCUGAUAAUUAUACAGUUCAAUUAACAACUAUUGAUCAGUCGAGAGAACCUUAUCUCAUUAUUGUUAACGGGAAUUCAACAGGAGUUUCUUACUCAUUGAAAAACGUUGGACUGCCUCACAUGCUGACAAUUAUAGCAGAAUCGCCCGGUGGAACAACGACUCCAGAGACAAUUCCAAUUGCUCUUGCAUCAGAGAUCGAUCCCUCAUCAUCAUCGGUACUCCAAGAAGUCCUGAUAGUCUUCCCCGCUGUAACCUUGACCGCUGCAGUGAUAACAAUGAUUUACAUUUACUACAGAUAUAAGAAGAUGCGGAACUGCAGGGAUCCCUAUCGGUACUGCAAGAAGAAUUUGCAUGGAAGGACGAUAUUUAAUCUCCUGUACGAAAAACCGAAGCUUUUGGAAGUGGAGAACAAGAUCGAGGAUGAUCCACUGAUAACUAAAGAUCACUUUGAACUAGGCGCAAUGCAGUUGAAAAUAAAAGACAUUUUAGGAAGUGGAUUUUCGGGUGUCGUUCGCUUAGGUUCAUUAAAGAUUAAUGAUAAUGAAACUAUCGACGUUGCAGUGAAAAUGUUACGAGAUUGUCCCAGCGCUGAGGACAUAAAAAAUUUCCAGCAGGAGAUGAUGGUGAUGAAAUCAGCUGGAAAGCAUCCGAAUAUUGUUUCCCUGAUCGGCUGCUGCACAUCGGAAAUUAAACCGAUGAUAGUCGUCGAAUAUUGUAGCAAAGGAGAUCUCCAGAAUUAUCUGAGAAAUAUAUGGAAGACAAUUAUGGAAGAUUCUUUGCGUCGUGAAGCCAAAUGUAAAAUGAUAGACGAAAGAAACAGCGGGAACGCGAGGUUUUUUCACCCGGAAUACGCGAACAAUGAAGAAGUCGCAGUUUCCAAUACCCUUUACGAUAUGCAGCAAGAUAUGCUUAACACCACAGAGAACAUAACAGCCGCUGAUUUACUCAGUUUUGCACUACAAAUUGCGAAUGGAAUGAAAUUUCUAUCGCUAAAUCGAAUAGUCCAUCGUGAUUUAGCUGCGAGGAAUGUAUUGGUUUGUGGUGACAGAACAGUGAAGAUUUCGGAUUUUGGAUUGAGUCGAGAUAUUUAUCAGGAUAGUGUUUAUAAGAAACAGGGGGAUGGAAAACUCCCACUCAAAUGGAUGGCUGUGGAGGCAUUAACUCAUCAGAUUUACACGAGUCAAAGUGAUGUGUGGUCUUUUGGAAUCCUACUGUGGGAAAUUGUCACUCUGGGCUCCAAUCCUUACCCUGACACACCUACACAUAUGAUUCUUCAGGUUCUGAAAACCGGAUAUAGGAUGGAAAAACCUAGUAAUUGCGGGCGAGAACUGUAUGAUAUAAUGCUUUCCUGUUGGCGCACGAGUCCCCGGAGCCGACCGACGUUCACGGAUUUGCAGCGUAAUCUGGAAAAAUUAUUACAGGCUGUUGGCCAUCACGAAUAUUUAAAUUUAUACGAUAUUCACCAAGAGUCGCGUAACGCCAAUACUUCCGAAUAAAUAAAUCCAUCCAGUCCACCGA